AUGGCGGCACCUCCAGCUCUCGGGGCUUUGGGCCUUACCUUUACCGUGAUGCGCGCCAUGCAAUUCAUCGGGCUCGUCAUCAUCAUUGGCCUGAGUUCGAGUUUCGUGUCCGAUAUUGUGGUGUCGUCUUACGCGGUACCACCCGCCCUCAUCGGCACCCUCGCUAUUGCCUGUCUUGCUGAAGUCUACGUCAUCAUCAGCUACAUUCUCUACUGGGACUCGCUUCUCCCACUGCUCAUUGCGACGGCCGCCGAUUCUCUGUGCCUCAUUGCCGGCAUCGUCGUCGCCUGCGUCGUGGGCAAGCCCGUCAGCUACCUCAACUGCAACGCGUUCCCCGACAAGGGCAACACGGCCGUCUUCCUCAGCUCGCUUUUUGCCAACGUCAAGCGGCUCGAGGGCAACACGUUUGAGUGGGUGGCGCCCAGCAAGUCCUCGUGCCUGCAGCUCAAGUCCAUCUGGGGCAUCAGCGUCGCGCUAUGCGUGCUCUUUGUCCUGUCGACGGCGACGACGGCGUGCCUGUGGCGCCGCCUCAAGUCCCCGCCUCCGCCCAAGGAUUUCGAUUGA